AUGAACAUGUCACAGCCGUCCGGUUACAACUUGCAGAUGCCUGCGACGGCACCGGGACCGACAGGUGGACAGCAACCACAGCAAACAGAAGGACAACGAGGAGCAGACGAGGCGUUCCGACAGUUGCAGCAAAGGCUAGCGACAGGCCCUACGGCGGCUGCCACGAUGCACCCCGCAAUGCAGAAGCAUGUGCAGCAGCAACAACAGCAACAGCCACAGUCUUCAUCUACUUUUCAACAUUUUGGUCUACCGGGCGCGCGUACAGGUAGUUUUCACUUUUUACCAAGUGGG